AAGAAUUCUCAAAGAAUUUACUCAUCAGCCAAAUAGUUUGUUUUCCUGUCUUGUGGUAAUUAUAUUUUGUUGUACAUGUUACUUUUGUAGAGAAGACUUGUUCAGUUCUAAGGAAGCAUUUUACAUAGUUGAUAUGGAGAAAAGCGCGUCUAAAGUUAAGAAACACUUUGUGCUUGUUCAUACGCUAGGCCAUGGAGCCUGGUCCUGGUACAAAAUUGUAGCACUCAUAAGAUGUUCAGGACAUAAUGUCACAGCUCUAGACUUGGGUGGUUCAGGAAUCAACCCGAAACAGGCCCUCGAAAUUCCAAAAUUUUCUGAUUACUUGAGUCCGCUAAUGGAGUUCAUGACUUCACUUCCUGUUGAUGAAAAAAUAGUUCUUGUUGGCCAUAGCGUUGGUGGACUCGCCAUUUCUAAAGCCAUGGAAACCUUCCCUGAAAAGAUUUCUGUUGCUGUAUUUCUUAGUGGUGUAAUGCCUGGUCCAAAUAUUAGUGCAUCAAUCGUCUAUACUGAGGCAAUCAAUGCAAUAAUACGUGAACUUGAUAAUCGGGUUACAUACCACAACGGAUCUGAGAAUCCUCCAACGACCUUCAACCUAGGUCCCAAGUUCUUGGAAACUAAUGCUUACCAUCUGAGCCCAAUUGAGGAUUUGGCGCUGGCUACUACACUAGUAAGGCCAUUUUAUUUAUACAGUGCGGAAGAUGUUUCUAAAGAGAUAGUACUUUCAAGCAAAAAAUAUGGAUCAGUUAAGAGAGUGUUCAUCUUUGCUGCUAAAAAUGAAGUUGUGAAGAAGGAAUUUUUCCAAACGAUGAUUGAAAAGAAUCCACCAAAUGAAAUAGAAGUAAUCGAGGGGUCUGACCAUGCGACCAUGACGUCUAAGCCCCAACAGCUUUAUACUACUCUUCUCAACAUUGCCAACAAGUAUACCUGAGCCCUUUCAAUUUGAUAUUUCAAUCAUUUUCUUUACAUUAUAAUUUCAGUGUUCGAAAUUAGCAUCAAUAAAUAACCUCUUAUUUCCUG